AUGAAAAAAUUAGUCGAUUACAGUGAUUCUGAUUCAGAAACUGAGGAACCAUUAGUGAAAAGAAAGAAACGUUGUCAAGUAAAGAAAGAUGAAUGGGUUUGUGAGAUUAACAAAAAGAAUAGAGAGAAGGGUAAAGAAUAUUGCAGUAAAAAGAAAGUUGAUGGAGAAUGGAAAAGGAAUAUAAGGAAACCGAAAAGAGUAAUGAAGCCCCGGUGUACUUGUAAAGAAAAGGGGAAGAGUGUCAUUAGGUGCCAUAGUAUCUCUGAAGAUGACAGAAAAUUAUUGUUUGCAGAGUACAUUACCAUCUGCAAAAAUGCGAAGAAAACUAAAUCUUACACAGUAGAAUAUUUAACCUACUCUUACUUCAAGAAUUUCAAAAAUAUCAAUUUCUACAAUUCUAUUAGACCAAGAAAGUUGAAGGGAGAUCCCAAGGUUACCGAUAUACGAGCCCUCAAGUAUGCACCCUCGGGGGAGAUUUUUUAUAAACUGAGAUUUACCACAGAAUAUACAUUGCUUAACCAGCGUAAGAAUGUUAGAAUAAGUAAAACUCCCUUUGAAAAUAUACCUGAACUUUACACCGAAUGCAGGAACAUAACUAAUAAAAAGAAAUACUCCGAUUUACAGCAACUUAAGAACUCAAUGCCCAGAGACUACCAAAAUUACUAUGACAACCUUCCUCAUGAAGACUGAAUAAAGUUAUGAUGUUUUUUAUCUGUAUUUUGAAUUUUUUGUGUUUCUCUUUUUUAAAUAAAACAUUUAAAAAAUAAACCAAUCAUUUAAUUUAAAAUUAUUCCUUUGAGAAAACCCGCUAACUCCCAGAUCAUAUAUUUUAACAGGAAAUAUGAAUCAGAUAACUCCAAAUAUCGCUGUAUUAUUGUAAUGAAAAUCAAUAAGGCCUCGAACAUUAUCAAAUAUAAUAGCUUACGAUAUUAUACACCAACGGGAUUUUAGAUUUUUUCAUAAGUAGUCUACAAAAAAUAAUAUGAAGUUUUAAUUCUCUCCUGAAAAAUUUACUCAAAUGGAGUUAGCUGGUUUGCCAAUUAUGGUAUCGAUAU